GUAGGACAGCAGGACCGGAGGACAGCAGGACCGGAGGACAGCAGGACCGGAGGACAGCAGGACCGGAGGACCGGAGGACAGCAGGACCGGAGGACAGCAGGACCGGAGGACGGAUCAGAGGUCUGGAGCCUGGUCUGGUCCAGGUUUCAGCCUCUGCCCCUCAGAGGAGCUCCGGACCGCGGAUCGUCCAGACCGGGGUUAGAUCUGGUCCAGCUGAUGUCUGUGUCUCAGGGGAAGCUUGGGACGGAGACAGAACCUGGACCGGAGACGUCUCCAUGUCUCUGCAGGUUGAAGCUCAAGCUGUUUGUUUUUUCACGUUUUGAGGGUUUUUGGCUCAAAGGAACUUCGUCCAGAUUGUUUGAUUCUGAAGCUGCUGCUUCCUGAAAGACCAGGUCCAUCAGAGGGACAGCCCCAGAGAGCAGGACAGACCGGGACACAAGAGGACAGAUGAGGACAGCUUUAGGACCACGCCACCCCAGAGGAAGUCCUCUGACGGCUCGGCGGGUUGAUGGCGAAGCCGGACCACGAGACGCCCCGGCGGAGACGGUGAGCGGUGUCCUCGUCCCCCGGCGGAGACGGUGAGCGGUGUCCUCGUCCCCCGGCGGAGACGCUGAGCGGUGUCCUCGUCCCCCGGCGGAGACGCUGAGCGGUGUCCUCGUCCCCCGGCGGAGACGCUGAGCGGUGUCCUCGUCCCCCGGCCGCCGCCAUGCCGGCGCCGCCGCCGGAGGACAUCUUCCCGUUCGAGCGCCUUCCGGCGGAGUGCCGGCUGCACGUCCUGUCCUUCCUGGACGAGGAGGACAAGUGCCGCUGCGCCCUGGUGUGCCUGUCCUGGAGCCGCCUGGUUCGAUCCCGCCGGCUGUGGCGCGAGGCGGACUACCGGCGCCGGCCCGGCCCGCCGGCCCGCCGGGGCCUGCUGGUGUCCGGGGGGGAGUUCCGGCGCUGGAGGACCUGGGUCCGGCGCUACACCCGGCACCUGGUCUGGCGCCGGGCCGGCCUGCGCCGCCUCCGGGCCAGCUUCGACCUGGCGGACCGGCGCCACGGCUGGGCCGCGCUGCUGGGACGCCUGCUGGACUCCGUCCACUGCCGGGACCUCCGGGUCCUGGACCUGGACUGGACCUUCACCCUGCUGGAGCCGCUGGACCUGCUGGAGGACGGGGACGGAGAUGAGGACGGAGAUGAGGACGGAGAUGAGGACGGAGAUGAGGACGAGGACGGGUCCCCGUCUGGAGCCGGGUCCAGCUCGCACCAGGACAGAAUCACCAAGGUGGACCAGGUGUCCAGCUUCCAGGCCCUGCUGUCCCGGCUGACCCGGACCUGUCCCCGGAUCUCUCAGGUGGUCCUGCCGUUCGACUGGUCGGUCCGGUCCGUGUCCCUGCUGACCCGGUUCCAGCGGCUGCGGGUUCUGGAGCUGCGGUCGUUCUGGGUGUUCCGGGGCGUGGCGCCGGCGGCGCUGCAGACGCUGGCGGCGGCGCUGCCGGACCUGCGGUCCCUGACGCUGCAGGUCCUGGUCCCGCUGGGGAGCCUGGGCGUGACCUACAGCCUGGAGUCCCGGUCCCUGGAGUUCCUGGACGUGUCCCCCAGCCGGGGCCUGGUCUGGUCCCGGUUCCGGCUGCCCGCCCUGCUGGAGCUCCGGGCCAGGAGGGCGGUCCGCGGCGUCACGCUGGACCGCCGCGCCCGGCUGCGCAUCCAGAGCCGCUGGCCCUGCCUGGACCGGGUCCUGCGGGACGGCGCCCCCCGUCUGCAGGUCCUCAACGGCGAGCGGCUGUCCCCCACCUGGGGGGACCGGGGGGACCAGGGGGACGGCCGGCUCGGCGCCGUCCUGGACCAGUGCUGCUACUGCCCGGACCACCUGGACAGCUGGCUCUGGUAGGACCGGGUCCGAGACCAGGUCCAGGAUCGGGACCGGGACCCUCGGCUCUGUCAGACUCAGCAGGAAGCCCACGUUGCCGUAGGAACCGGGUUUCAGGCCCAGGACGGACUCGGUUCUCCUGCAGGAAGCUGCUGUUGCCGUGGAAACGGGGGUCGUUCUCCGAGCUUCUGUUUCCGGUUUGACUUCUUUCCUCCCGGUUCCGACCGAAGCGACUCGUCGGAGAACUCGGCAGUGGAACGUGUUGAGUUUGAGAACGUCGGUUCUAACGGACAGAACUGUGUCUGAAGAGGAACGUGCGUCGUUUCAUAGUUUAGUCUUUAGAACCGGUCGGUUCUUCUGGAAAAGUUUUUAAUUCUCUAAAUAUUAAAACUUGACGAAGAACGUUGAGUCUCAGUGUUUGAUUCUGCUGAACGAUCAGCCUGUUCCUGGAGAACCAGGAGAACCUGGAGAACCGGGAGAACGAUCAGCCUGUUCCUGGAGAACCUGGAGAUUCAGGCACUUUAUACGUUUCAGACCUUUGAAGUUUUUUGUUCGGAACAUUCUGGUUGUUUGUGAAAUGUUCUAAGUUUUCACGUUCCGGUGAAUCAUCUGCGAGCGUUGUCUCCUGGACCAGAAUCCCUCGGAGGGAAGUUCUGCGGUGAGGUUCUCUCUGAGCUGCAGCAGUGACGCCUGUUCGGUUCCUCCGGACUGUUCUAUGCAGAUGACUGUUGAGUUUCAGUUGAGUUCCGGAGGACCUCCAGAGGUCAGAAUGUUUCCGUGUCCUUGGGGUCAGAGGUCACCGAUCGGGUUGUGAGUUCGACUCCAUUCCUCCGUUAGCGUGUUUGAGUUAAAGGGGCUGUAUCCUGCUGUUUUAG